AGAUUUGUCGUCAGAACCAGACUUAGAAGUGGCAUCACAGCAAAAGCAAGAGCAAGAAAGGCCUGAUAAAAGUGAAAAUAACCACCCCCAGGAUAAAGUUAUUUUACAAACAUGUAUCCUGGCUGAAAAGACAUCUGAAAGCCAAACCAAGCAAAUUAACAUUCCACUUGUGCAACUGCAAAAUACGGCUCGAGAACCAGAAAUGAAUAUGGAAUGUGAUAGACAGGGUGAUAGAUCUGUACAUUCAGAACAUCCUCGUGUGCACAAGAAGUAUGAGGAGAUACAGAUGAAACAAGGCAAAUUAGAUUGGAAAAAUAAUGUGAAACGCAUGAGCAGAGAGUUAAAGCAGAAGAUUGGUAAAACUUGUGAAAAGUACCAAAUUAUUACUCAUCCUAAGUUAGAAGCACUACGUGGUAAUUCUAAAGAAGCAGACUUAAAGGAAAUACCUCCUAAUGUGACAAAAGUUACACUUGAUUGUGAGGAAAAAGAUGAAUUGGGAGUGUCUGUCUCUGUAGUACCUCAGGCCUUUCCUGAACAAAAAGAGCCUAGUCUCGAAAAUGCUAUUCUCUCUCAUUCAUACUCUGGGUCCCCAGACUAUGCUUGCCAGUCAUCUUCUAAGCUUUCUUCCCAUGAAAAUGAUAACAAACCAGGUGAGCAUGUUUUUAACAAAAAUGAGAGUCUUGAUAGCGAUCCAGAAAAUAAAAAAGUAAGGAACCCACUAGUUACAUUUGAAGUGAAAGAAGACCAAGAGUUUGACAUGCAGAUGGCCAAAAGUUUGAACCAAAAUACCACCAAUAGUAAAUUAGACACUGGAUAUAUCCCUCCGUAUAGUGACCCAGAAAGCCUUUUUGAUUUGCGGCUUGCCCACUCCAAUGUGGCGAAACAAAUGAUUCAGAAGAAAAGGCAUGAUACUUCUGCUAUUACAAACACUUAA